GACCUCAGCCGUUUGCCCCAGCCCACGCUCCUCGCUUCCCCGCUCGUGUUAACUUUAUAUCGUGCCAUUAUUUCGCAUCCCUCCCUCCCUCCCUCCUUUGCAAAGCAGCUCCGUUCUGCAGCCCUUCCUCCGGGGAGCCCUGCAGCCCCCCGCACAAUUCGGAUUACAAUCCUUUCUUCCCUUUGGAGACGCCUUUGGCCAGCAAAUAGCGGAUCGCAGCCCCCUCCUCUCCCUAGGCACCCGGAUGGCUGCUUGAAGGUCCUCUGCCUCCUUCACUGAACAGGAUGGACAGUGCUCACUGACUGGGGGACGGAAGAGUGGGAUUGUAAAGCCCCACCCUGCGGAGGCGCUGCCAUCUCGGCUUUGGAAUGAGGGGACGGACCUGCAUGUGUUUCAAUGAUCACAGGAUCUUCUCCUUCCCAGAGGCUAGUGAAGAUUAGAAGGCGAAAAAAAUGCACUCGCGAUGAAAUGUUCUCCGAGCUCAUGCCGUCCUCCCACACUGACAGAGCACAGACGAAUGCGUGGAGGCAGACAAUGUCAGAGUGCAGGAAAGCACAAAAUGACCGGGAGGAGAGGUGGCGGGCUGAAGAGAGUGACCAGCAGUGGCCGCGAUGAGAGCAAUAGCCACCGGGUGGCGCCUCACCUGCUGAUAAAAAUGAUCAACAAGUCCCGAUGGAAGAUGAUCUUAGGGCUGGCGUUCUUUCUGGUGAUGGCGUGGUACUCUAUAUCCCGCGAAGAAAGGUACAUACAUCUUUUUUCUUUCCCCGUGCAAGAUGUGGGAAUGACGUGUCCCCAAGGAGAGAUGGAAAAGAAAGCCACGCUGCUCAUAGGAAAUUACACGCGGGACCAUCCCAUGUUUUUACACCUAAACGAUUACUUUUGGGUGAAGAACCGGUCGCCGUAUGAGCUGCCGUAUGGGACUAAAGGAAGCGAAGACAUUCUCCUUCGGGUGUUAGCGAUCACCAGCUACUCGGUGCCCGAAAGCAUCCAAAGCAUGACGUGCCGAAGAUGUGCAGUGGUGGGGAACGGACACCGGCUCCGAAACAGCUCCAUGGGGGAAGCAAUCAACAAAUAUGACGUAGUAAUCAGGUUGAACAACGCGCCGGUUCAUGGGUACGAGGCGGACGUGGGCUCCAAAACCACCAUGCGGCUGUUUUACCCAGAGUCCGCACACUUCAACCCCAGGCGGGAAAACAACCCGGAUACUCUGCUGGUGCUGGUGCCCUUUAAACCCAUGGAUUUCCAGUGGCUGGAGACGAUCCUCAAUGACAAGAAGCGAGUUCGCAAGGGGUUCUGGAAGCAGCCCCCUUUAAUCUGGGAUGCCAAUCCUGAGCAAGUGCGCAUUCUGAACCCUUACUUUAUGGAAAUUACUGCUGCCAAAUUGCUUAAUCUUUCCAUGAAGCAGCCGCGGAAGAUUAAACAGAAACCAACAACAGGAUUAUUAGCCAUCACCUUGGCAUUGCACUUCUGUGACCUGGUACAUAUCGCAGGCUUUGGGUACCCCAAUUCUGCCAAUAAGAAACAGACUAUACACUACUACGAGCAAAUCACACUUAAAUCAAUGGCCGCAUCGGAGCACAAUGUCUCGCACGAGGCAUUAGCAAUAAAAAGGAUGCUUGAAUUAGGCAUCGUCAAGAACCUUACGCACUUCUGAUGGGAUGUGGACUGGAAUUUCCCCGCAUUGCCUUGGCCUUCGCCUUGGCUGCCUGUCGCCCAGCGUGUCUCAACAUCCACCGGGCCGGAGAUACCGCUGCUUCGCCACAGGGCCCCGAAUGGGCCCCUUGCUCGUGGUGAGGGCUGGCUGCUGGGGACAGCGCUGGUCCUGGAGAAAGUGGGCAGAGGGGGAGAGGGCUGCAGAGUCCCCCUUGGCCAGGCUGACUUGGCUUUCGGCCACGUCGUGUCAAGGCUCAGAAGCAGAGCAUCCGAAAUCCUUACAGUUGUGGGGUGGCUGGAUCCCUUUGCGGCCAAGCCAUCGCUGACUUGCCGACUUUUAGGGCAGCGCAGAGGGUGCCCCCGUGGGAUGGGCCCUCAUGGCUUGCUGCUGCACCCCCCUCUUCAGCCUGCCCGCUCUGUGUAGGGGACCGGGGCUGUUUGCCGCUCUGUUGAACUGAACGCUGGACAGGUGAAGAAUUGUCAACUGCUCGCCAGAUCAGUUUGCUCUCAGUCCGAAUGAGGCAGCUGGGCUGGUUUGACCCCCCCCACACCAGCCCUCCUCCCAGGGUGGGGGGCUGUCUCUGGGGGUGCAGUGCGUGGGAAUGCUGCUGUAGGUGAAAGUUGUAAUGGUGUCCUUUUUUAAACGUUUAUUUGGGGGGGAGGGGAACCGUGCAGUAUUUUGCUGAUGGGGUUUUAGUCUGACCCUCCUUCCCCCCCAAUGCUGCUUCCCAGUGGGAAUGGGGAGGUGGCGAUCAAAGUGGGGGCAGAGAGGCAGAGUGGUGGGAGCAUUAAAUUAUUCUUUGCUGACAGAGCACAGCUGCCUGCUUCACCCCCAGCAGCCCUCGGGCAGUGAAGGAGAGGAGUUUGAAUUCUGUUCUGUAAGGGGGCCUAGCAUGGGGAGCUAAGGUGACCCCUGGUUUGGAGGAGGAAUCGUGGCUGCUCCAGGAAUGAGCUGUCCCCAGGGCCGCCUCCACUGUGGGGCUGAGAUCGGAUGGGGGACGCCCUCCGCUCGGCCGCACUCGAGGAUGUGAAGUAGGAAUAAAUAGGGUUUCCUUUUCCUUUUGAAAAGGGGCCAGACCGACAGCCUGGGGAAUGCAGCACUCAGUUUAUCCACAAAACAGGUACCACCAUGGACGGUGGGUGAACGCCCCCUUCAGGGAGGCUAUGCCUCCCCCUGCUCCCCUCCUAGCCCACUGGAGCCCCAAGCGUGCCCCCCCACCAACCACAGCCGGAGGAGCCUCAGCCGACCCGCCCUGACUCACCGGCCCGAGCUGAGCCCCCGUCGGCUUCGGGGAGAGGGGGAGCACCGUCCAUGGGGCAGAGCGUGGGCAGGGCCAUGGCCUGGGUUAGGGGAGGCUUAGCUUCCGUUGGCCUAUGACACCCACCACCCAUUGGGUACCACACAGGCUGUUGGACUGCACCCUGCUCCCAGCCAACGUGUCUUAGCCCUAAACUUGCAGGGCUCAGACAGGAGGUGAGUCUCCAUAGCCCGCCCUCCAAGCUGUCUCCUCUCUGCCGAGAUUGCCAACUAUCGGGCUCUGGGCACACGUUUCCUGGGAGCUGGUCUUUUAGAUCCUGAGGCGGGGUUGGGGGCAGGCAUGCUGCGAAAGCCCAGAUCUCUCUUUGGGGUGAGUGAGAAUAGGGGGAAAUGUUCUUCUUCAAGGUGUUGACCCAAAGGGUCUUGGACUUGGUGGGACAGAGCAGAAAUGAGUCUCCUGAGCAGGCAGUGCUGUGGCUCAAUGCUAGUUAAUUUAACGAACUAAUUUAAAUGAUUAUUUAUCCGAGAAGUAAUGUUGUUUUCAUUGAACUGCCCUGUGGGGUGGGUAAGGAGCCGUGGGGUUGAAACUGUAUCAUCCUUCUGCUUUGCCUGAAGGGGGAGUGACCUUUGGGGAUACUCCCUCCUAACCCAGCUCCAAUACAGAGCAAGUACCCAGCCCCCUCUUAUCCUCCAUAGUGGCACAGGCUUGGGGUAGCAGCUUUGUCCCUCGGGUGUCUGUAGGGUUUUGACUUCAUCACUAACCAUCUAACCGCACUCAUGGACUCCCGUUGAUUUAGCAAGUGCUGGAUUAGGGCCCAAAGCUCUUCCUGCCACUGCACCCCUUCUCCCUUGUAGCACAGUUGGGCACGUGUCAGAUGGCUUGUACCACUAGGGGGCAUGGCUAGGGAAGGAGCGUGUGUGUGUGUUGUGUCCAUCCCUGCUGCCCCCUGCUGGAGGGUGUGUGUGUGUGUGUGUGUGUCCGUCCCAGUUGCCCCUGCUGUAGGGGGGUGUGUAUGUAUACAUACAUGUCCCAGGGCUGCUUGGUUCUCAGUACUCGCAGCAGCCGGCUAUCGCCUGCUGAGAGAAGCCAUGAAAUCCCUGCCUGGAAGCCCAGCCUGUCCAAUGGGCGCAGUGCUGGAUGCCCAGGGUAUUGUGUGUGUCCUGCCCCCGCCUCGUCCGGAACCCCACCCAUGGGCUCCUGCUCCAAGAGCCCCUGUCCAGGGGGCCAACGCAGAGGAGGUGGCUGAGCACUGGGUGUACUGGGGACAAGAAGGGGUAGGUGGGGGCUGAUGCAGGGACCAGGGUGAAAAUGGGGCUGGGCGCUGGGUAUUGCUAGGUGGGGAGAAGAGCUCCGCCCUCCCUUCACCGUGGAAUGGCUGCAGGGUGACUACGGUAGCCCAAUGGCUGUAGCUGCCCUCUGCAGGGCCCGUACCCCUCCAGCACAGCGGGCACUGUGUGGACACGUAUGAGAAUGGUCCCCGUUCCACAGGGCUUGUGGUCUCAGCAGAACAUCCCCACUCUCCUUCCUACAGUACACCCACUGCUGGGUACUGCACAGUGCUGCUGAAUGCCAUGCUCAGGCAGGCAAGGAAUGGGAGCCCCGCCAGCUCCCUCUGUCAAGCUCUGAAGGGUGGCGGGAGAUUUCUCAGCUGCCUCUUCGGACUUGUCCCUGGUGUCUCGGUGCCCCGCACCAUGGCUGCUUGGUACCUCGUGGUGAUGGCAGUGGUGGAACCCAUGUGCCCCUGCUCCGAAAGCGCAGGCCCCUGCUGCUGGGUUUCCAAAGCUUUUGGCAUUUCAUAGGUUUUUUAGGUGGAGGGAGGUGUGGAAGGGGAGAGGGAGAUGUAGAAGGAAAUCAUGAUAGACGACUUCUGCCCCUGCUCUCCGAGCCCCAUGUACCAUACCCCAUGUACCACAGUGUGGUCCUCCCUGGGUCUGGUGGAGCUGUUCCCGAACUUGGGAUGGGUGAUGCCUGUGUGUCUAGACCUGACCCCCUGGGGGCGGAACAUUGAAAUAUUUACUGUACAGUAUCGGUCAACUCUAAACUCUGUCAUGCUCACUGGUCUUUGGAGCGCGAGCGAUCUCAGAAUCCCAGUUGCCUCCGAAGAUGACUGAUGUAUUGCACCAUGGUUCUAUUGUAAAGACUUUUUGAAAAGAGUUUUUUUAAUAAAAGAAUUCUUGCUCCAAAGACUGUACAUAGGUAAAUCUGCAAGAUGUGCUGAUUAUCCCUUACUGUCUAGAUUGUAUGUAUUGUAAAUCUAGAUUGCAGUUUAAAAAAAAAAAUCUGGUCUGAAGAAGGAAACAUAUGCUUGAAAAAGGCAAAACAAAGAACUUCAUUUGUGGAUAAAACCCUAAAAAAGG